AUGCAAAUCAACAUUGCUUACGUUGUCGCUGGUCUCCUUGUCUUUGUCUCAUCAAACUUUGGCGAGACUGACGCUCGCAUGAUUCCUACCAGCCAUCAAGGCGUAGCCGCUCAUCGCGAACACAAACGACAAGCAGGUGGAUAUGCACCCGGAGGUGCUGCCUACGGUGGCUCCAACACUGCCAACACUGUUCGACCUGCUGUGGGAAGUGGAGCCGCUCAUGAAGCCGCUGCUGCACCUCUAUCUCCUACCACAUUACCUGUUGGGGGCGCGACUCCUCCUUACUCGGCUCCAUCCAUCGUAUCGCCAACUUCCCAGGGUCCUGUGUCUGUCGGCAGCUCAUCCCCACCGAUGCCUAAAGCCCCACUUUCAGGUUCCGCGCCCUCUGCAUCCGGCCCAUCAAUUGUUUCACCAACAUCCCAGCGUCCAGUCGGCAUGGUUCCUCAAAUGCCCACUGAAGCAGCAUCGCCAAUGUUAUCAGCACCUGGAGGUCUCAUCCCAGCAUCAAUCGGUGGCGGCCAACCUGUUGGCUCAUCUGCCGGCGCUUAUCACGCCGGUUCAGCCCCCACCCCAAUCACGCGGGCUUCUCCUCUUUCGGUCCCAGGCGCCCCUUCCAUCCCUCUGGAAGGUUCCUUGCCCUUGCCAGUCGGUGGGCUCAGCGGAUCGCCUAUCCCCCUUCCAUUAGGUGGUGCUCGUGGGACACCCAUUCCAUUCGGCAGCAACGGUCCCCUUUCAUUGGGAACCAACGGUCCUUUACCCAUCGGAACCAACGGUCCCCUCCCAAUCGGAAACAACGGCCUUCUCCCAAUUGGAACCAACGGUCCCCUACCAAUCGCAAACAACAUCCCCCUUCCAAUCGGAAGUAAUGAACUUCAUCCACUCCCUGAAGCACCCCUCGCUGUCAGCAAAAGUUUCAUCCAACCCCCUUUCGGCGUCAAUGCCGGCCCAGCACUUCUAGGUCCUUCAGGCACCUUUGGUGGCCCACAAUUUGGUGUACCAGGAGUUGGAGUUGGAGGCCCUGCAGCUAUGCUUGGCGGGCCAGCUGUUGGACUUGGUGGUCCAUUCGUUGGACUCGGUGGCCCUGUAGCUGGAUUUGGUGCUGGGCAACACGUUGGUGUUGGAGCACAAGUUGCACCAGGAUUCGGUGUUGGUCCGGGAUUUGUCGGUGGACCCGGUGUCUUUCCAGGCGCUGGAUUCCACGCUGGUGCUGGUGUAGGUGCGGGUGCCGGUGUUGGCUCUGGACUUGGAGCUGGAGCUGGAGCUGGAGUCGGUGCUGGAUUCCAUGCAGGUGCCGGUGUUGAUCAAGGUGUUGUCCCCGGAUUAGGCGUACUUGCUUAA